AUAUAAAAACAACUACAAGGCUGUUGCGUUUUGCGUUUUGUGUUUCUCCUUCUCUCCAUCCUUCCACUUUUAAAAACGACACCAACCUCCGCCAUGAGCACCACCGCAACAACCGUCAGAACCGCCGCUGCAAUGAGACCACCACCGCCUGCCUCUGCAACCACAACCAUCCUAGAAAACCCCACCCAACAACAACCACAAACCCUAACUUUGCGAUUAAAUCGACCGAAAAAGAAAGUUUCGUGGAAAGAAGGCACCGUAGACAACGAGUUUAUGCAAAAAAAAAGUUCCAAAAUUUGCUGUAUAUUUCACAAGGAGAAGCCCUUCGAUGAGGAUGACAGCGAUGACGAUGAUUGCAAUCACGAUCAUCAUCAUCACGAUCAUAAAUCCGACGGUGCUUGUUCUUCCUCUCAAAAAAACGGCGGUGAUUGAUUGCAGUUUUUGUUUGUUAUUGAAAUGUAGAAAAGGAGUUUUUCUUUUUUUAGGCUAUUGUUGUGUUGGGUUUAAGAAGAAAUUGAGAAAUCUUAAUUUUUCCUGUCCAUGGUGAAGUGGGUGGUGUGUUUGGCUAUUCUCAAUAUGAAUUUUCUUAUUAAUGAAUGAGAAUCUUAAUUUGGCUAAUAUAAUUUCUUUGUUAUUUUUGUGGGUUUUUGAUAGAUCUACCCCGCAUUGUUCUUGAUGAAUGGAUUUUGAUACAUAGAAAUAGUGCUCGAUGAAAAUCUUCACGGAGCAAUUGAGGCUCUGUUCGCCGGAUAUUGAUGAAUACAGCAGUGCAGUGAUGGGGGGUGGGUAUGAGUUAAUGCUGCAUAGAUUAUUGAAGAGGAACAAAUUGGGGGGGUACACUUCCAUCUAGAGGUGAUGGUGGUUGUGUGGGCAGCUCGCAGGCAUUUGAAUUACACCUGCCUAAGUAGAAGCCAUUUAUUGCACAAGCUGUAGAUUCAUCUGUAGUUUCAUGUCAUAGUUUGAUGUUUUUUAAAAUGUUUUUUUAUUAUUAAAAAUUAUAUUUUUUAUUUUUUAAAAUUAAUUUUUUAUAUUAACAUAUUAAAAUAAUUCAAAGACAUAAAAAAAUUAAUUUAAAACUAAAAAAAGUUAAAAAGUUUUAAAAAUACAAUUGAGUCUUAGAUAUUUAAGAAUAUGGUAAUAAUUUUUUUUUAAAUGUUUUUUAAAAAAUAUAUAUUAAAAUAAUAUUAAUUUUUUAUAAAAUUUAUUUUUAAUAUUAGUAUAUUAAAAUGAUAUACGGUUACUGCAAUACUAUAUAUAAAAGAUCCUGUCAUGUAAUACAGCAAAAAAGAACUACAGGUAUCCAUCGCAACUUGACUAUCAGUCUACUUAAAAAAAAAAAAAACACUUGUGACUAUUGGACGGAAAAACAUCUCGAGUAACCUGAUCUUUAGUAGCAGCGAUGAUUCUUGGAAGAGAGGUCAACUUGGCCAUCCUUAAAUCACAAGAUCUCUGAUUAAAGCUAAAAUAUUUUCUUUGUUUUCGCACAUUAGAGGGUUGCUGUCACCUUUUCUUUUCCCUGAAUAUGAUUAAUUUAUAGGGUACAACAAGAAGUAGACAUGCUACUUUUUUUCUAAUCACCAAAAUUGCGAGUCGCUCUCUUGCACAGAUUAAUUUGGCCUCCUUGUUCCUUGUUUUUGCACGUUUGAGGGUUGCUGUCACCUUCUCUUUUCCCUGAAUAUGAUUAAUCCUGCUUAAUACGUAAAGAAUCCCGCUUGUUUAUAGGGUACAACAAGAAGUAGACAUGCUACUCUUGUUAUAGUCCUCCAAAUUGCAGGUCGCUCUCCUGCAUAAUUUAAUUUGGUCUCCUUGUAAACUCAGAAUGCAUGGCAUGAUAUAUACAUCCUUCACUCGGUCUUCGAAACAUUAACAGGCACAUAUUCUAUCAGACUUCACAAGAUUUAACAUGGCAGGUUUGUUUGACAAUCAGGCAGCUAUAUAUGUGGAUGUAAGGCCAAGAUAUCCAAGCGAAUGGUUCUCAAUGUUGGCUGCUCUCACCCCUGACAACUCUUUAGCUUGGGAUGUUGGCACUGGCAAUGGUCAAGCGGCUGUCGGUGUUGCUGAACACUACAAGCAAGUGAUAGCAACUGACAUAAGUGAAGAGCAAUUAAAGCAUGCCAUACCACAUCCCCAUGUUCAUUACUUGCAUACCCCGUUAAUGAUGUCUGAUGAUGAAUUAGUUCAUUUACUUGGAGGUGAGAAUUCGGUUGAUCUCAUUACUGUGGCUUCAGCUGUGCAUUGGUUUGAUCUAGAAAAGUUCUAUCCAAUCGUCAAGCGCGUUCUUAGAAAGCCAGGAGGCAUAUUUGCUGUUUGGUGCUACUCGAGAAUCAAGUUUAGCCCAGAAAUUGAUGUUCUCUUAGCGGUCCACUUCGAGAGAACCUUUCCUUUUCAAAACCCUAAUUUCAAGCAUGCAUUAGAGUGUUACAAGACGCUUCCAUUUCCUUUUGAAAGUGUAGGUGUUGGAUGUGAGGGUCAGCCGCUGGAACUGGACAUGGAAAAGAAGAUGUCGUUUCAGGGACUCUUGAAGUUUUUCAGGUCAUUGUCAGCAUUCAAUACAGCCAAGGGACAAGGUGUGGAUUUAUUGUCUGACGAGGUUGUUCAGGAACUUGAGAGUGCAUGGGGUGGGCCUGAAGUGGUUAGAACUGUUAUCUAUACGACAUAUAUGCUUGCAGGGAAAGUAAAGCUCUAAUUAAUUAGUGAAAAUGAUGAAUACAGUAAUGUUACUCCCUUCAGAGGUUUGAAGUUCGAGCUUCAUUGUACUUCAAUUCUUGUUUAACAUAAAAUAAUUGAAUAACAA